AUGGUUGUUUUUAGGCUUUUCCACCUACCUGCCAAAAAGAACGUUGAUACAGUCCUUGAAGAUUAUGCAAACUACAAGAAAUCGAGAGGAAACUCUGACAGCAAGGAGUUUGCUGUGAACGAGGUCGUCGCUGGUAUCCGCGAAUAUUUCAACGUCAUGCUAGGGACACAACUUCUCUAUAAAUUUGAAAGGCCGCAGUACGCAGACAUCCUGGCCAACCACCCCGACACGUCUAUGUCUCAGAUCUACGGCGCUCCUCAUCUACUAAGACUCUUUGUGAGAAUCGGAGCCAUGCUGGCAUACACUCCCCUGGAUGAGAAGAGCCUUGCGCUGCUGCUCAGUUAUCUACAAGAUUUUCUCAAGUAUCUUGUAAAGAACUCUGCGUCGCUCUUCAAUGCAAGUGACUAUGAAGUUGCCCCCCCAGAGUACCAUCGCAAGGCAGUUUAAGGUUUUUUUAAUUUCAUAAUCUGAAGCCUUUGUGAGUUUGGAGAUGACAUUCUUACCCGCUCGGAAGGAUGCGAUCUCACAAAAAGCCUUCAGAGAACGGAUUGUGCGAGAUCUGAUGAUUAUCAAGGAUGAAUCAGAGCAAGAUGUCACACUAAUCUUGGACAAAUUCAUUUUCUUUCAUGUGGAAAGCUGUUGAGUACUUUCUUCCUGUAUUGGUAUGUUUUUUAGUACCACUUUUUAGUUUCUAUGAUAUCCGUUUUUGCCCGGUGUUCACCAAGAUCUUUUGAAAAAGGAAUUUCAUCAUUUCAUUUUUUGUUUUUUUGUUUUUUUGUUUUGUUUCCUUUUUGGUUCAGAUGCUGGCUAAACUUGUGUUGUUGGCUGUCGUCAUUUUCUAAUAAAAGUCUUUCAUUCUCUCUGGUUUGAA